CAGAUAAAUUGUAUAGUCAAUCUCUGCAGCAGAAAACUUUUGUUGCCGUUCUCUCCCAUUCUCACACUUAUCAUCAACAUGGCAGAACGAGGUGGUGGAGAUCGUGGUGGCUUCGGAAGCGGCUUCGGCGGUCGUGGUGGACGUGGCGGACGCGGUGACAGAGGCCGCGGUGGUCGCCGCAGAACCGGAGGAAGACGCGAAGAGGAAGAAAAAUGGGUUCCCGUGACAAAGCUAGGUCGUCUCGUGAAGGAAGGUAAGAUCCGAAGCUUAGAGCACAUCUACCUUCACUCACUCCCAAUCAAGGAGCAUCAAAUCAUCGACACACUCGUGGGUCCCACUCUCAAAGACGAGGUGAUGAAAAUCAUGCCGGUUCAGAAACAGACUCGGGCCGGUCAGAGAACCCGGUUCAAAGCUUUUGUUGUUGUUGGUGACAAUAACGGUCACGUUGGUUUGGGUGUUAAGUGUAGCAAAGAAGUUGCUACUGCUAUUCGUGGUGCUAUUAUUUUGGCUAAGCUUUCUGUUAUUCCUGUUAGGAGAGGUUAUUGGGGUAAUAAGAUUGGUAAGCCACACACUGUUCCUUGUAAGGUUACUGGAAAGUGUGGUUCUGUUACUGUCAGGAUGGUUCCUGCCCCUCGUGGUUCUGGAAUUGUUGCUGCUAGGGUUCCUAAGAAGGUUUUGCAGUUUGCUGGUAUUGAUGAUGUUUUUACUUCAUCUAGGGGAUCCACCAAAACCCUAGGAAAUUUCGUCAAGGCCACUUUUGACUGUUUGUUGAAAACCUACGGUUUUCUGACACCUGAAUUCUGGAAAGAGACAAGGUUCUCCAAAUCUCCAUUCCAAGAGUACACUGAUCUAUUGGCUAAGCCAACUGGAAAGGCCUUGAUCCUUGAGGAAGAAAAGGUGGAGGCUUGAAGUUGCAGUUUUGAUGCUGUUGGAUGAUGGUGGUGUGUUUUAAGCAUCCUAGUAGGAACUAGUUACUAUAUCUUUUGUUGCUUAUGUUGUUUCCUUCCGUACUGAGGGAUAUUUUAUAGUUUUGCGCAUUUUCAAUUCAUGUUUGUUGAUUGAAUAUUUACUGAGUUUUGAAUACUAAAAUUUUCUUCUUAAUCUUCAUUUGGCCUGAAUAA